AUGGCCAGUGUGGACGCAGGCCCUGGAGCCAGACUGGCAUCAGCGACAUGGCGCUUUGUGCGGCCCAGCUGGGACAAACGCAACAUCUCUGAGCUUGGACACAGCGACCUCGAUCAGGAAAGUGAACCCCCACUGACCAGGGCACAUCCUCGCUCUUGCGGAUGCCCCCAGAACACUCCCACGGUGAGAGGAGCCCUGCACACGCUGGCACACGUGCUCAGGAUUUUUGUCAACUGCAGCCUGACGAUGGGGAAGAUUGGCUGCUUCGGCUUUGACGUGGACUACACUCUCGCAGCCUGCAAGUCCCCGGCUUAUGAGACGCUGGCCUUUGAGUUGCUGCUCCGGCGCUAGGUGUGCAUCGGGUACCCGCAUGAGAUCCUACGCUACACCUACGACCCCACCUUCCCCACCAGGGGGCUGGUAUUCGACGGGCUCUACGGAAACCUGCUGAAGGUGGAUGCCCAGGGGAACUUGCUGCAAUGCACCCACGGCUUCUCCUCUCUCUCUCCUCUGGAGGUCUGGAGCUUCUAGCCCAGCAAGUUCAUUCAGAGGGCCGACCUGCAGCGGUUUCACAUCCUCAACAUGCUGUUCAACCUGCUUGAAACCUACCUCUGUACCUGCCUGGUAGACGACUUCUCUGGCUGCUCCCGCUACAUCAACUGUGACACGGGCUAUCAGCACGGGAACCUCUUCAUGUCCUUCCAAAGCCUCUUCCAGGAUGUGAUGGAUGCCAUGGAUUAUGUCCACCAUUCGCUCUGCUCCCUCCUGUGGGGCUGUCUCAAGGAGAAGACCUUGGAUGACUUAGAGAAAUACCUGGAGACGGCAUGAAUCCCUGUCCUGCUGGACAAGAUGAGGGAGGUGGGAAAAGUGUUCCUGGCCACCAACAGCAGCUACAACUACACAGAUGCCAUCCUGACCUACCUGUUAGGCGCUGGUGAGGCUGAGGCUGCAGCCAGGCCCUGGAGGUCCUACUUUGAUCUGAUCGUGGUGGACACACAGAAGCCCCACUUCUUCGUGCAGGGCACAGUGCUGAGACAGGUCAACAUGGACACGGACAAGCUCUGUGUUGGUACCUACACUGGCCCUCACCACCACUGUGCUGCCUACUCUGGAGGUUCAUUGGACAUGGUGUGUGAGCUGCUCGGGGUGCGGGGGAAGGACAUCCUAUACAUCGGGGAUCACAUCUUUGGGGACAUCCUCAAGUCCAAGAAGCAGCAGAGCUGGCAGACUUGUCUGGUGGUUCCUGAGCUGUCCCGGGAGUUGGGCAUCUGGGCCCCAGAGAAGGAGUGAAUGGAGACACUGAAGAGGCUGGACACGCAUCUAGUGGACCUGUACCAGCAUACAGAUGACAGCAGUUACGGCCUGCAACUCAUCAACUCCACCAAGAGGGAGAUACAGAUGCCCCAUGAGACAGCAGUGGAGCAAGAAAGGGCCGGUCUGGUUCCCGCCUUCAGCCUCUUCUCUCGCAGCCAGAGGCUGAGUUACUGGAAAGCUCGGCUCCUCACCUAG